AUGGAACAAGAAGACAUAUCUGAAAACAAGAAGGUGAUCAAAGGAGAUGGUGAAGGAGAGAUGAGCAAGGUGAUGAAGGUGAGUUAUCGAGGGGUAAGGCGCCGUCCAUGGGGGAAAUUCGCAGCAGAGAUUCGUGACUCGAGUAGGCACGGAGCUCGUGUGUGGCUCGGAACAUUUAACACGGCAGAAGAAGCUGCUAGAGCUUAUGAUAAAGCUGCAUUUGCAAUGAGAGGUUCCUCCGCCUUUCUCAAUUUUCCCGAUCCACUUUUUUCACAUUCUCGUCUCGUUUCUUCAUCUUCAUCUUCGUCGUCAGUAUCAUCAACAACAAGAUCAUUACUACCGUCAGUAAUAUCAUCGUCGUCGUCGUCGUCGACAAUGUUAUCGACUGAAAAUAUUGUUAAUGGUAAUGAAAAUAAUUAUUGUUCUAAUAAAAAAAGACGAAGAGUAGAAGAACAUGGAAAGCAAGUACUCGUGUUUGAAUGCGUUGAUGAUAAGCUAUUAGAUGAGCUGCUUGAUAUUGAGGAUAAACCCAACAAUAAUCCCUGA